CCAGCUCGGGAGACACCGUCUGAGCCUGCGCUUCGUCUACUCUUCUGUCAGCAGGACGCCUUCCGCCGCUUGCCCGCGGAUAACGAGGAAACCUAACGAAGUCCGCCCACUUCCUCCGGCUGCUCGUCGCGGUGGCCCUCACCGGCGAGAUCCAGAGCGUGCGUGCCACCGAGGAGGACGAUCUCCAGCACCGUGUGACAGUAGAAACCAUAAACCCUAGGUGGUGUUGAUCGUAUCUCGUAGGGGAGCUUUUGUUGCAUUGCGGAAAGAAGAGGCAGAAUCCUCAAGAAAGCAAAUGAAUUUUUUGGAAUGGACAAAUAUAUAAAACAAGGAGACGACCGACAAAGGAAGCUUUGCCUAAUAGCCUCUGAGGGUCAAGAGGACUCUAACAACAAGGAUCAGAGAGAGUAGAGAGGGACCUCCGUCUUGAAGAGAGCUAGAUGUCUUUGCAGGAAAGUCUCAAUAGAUUUCAGCGACAGCAGGAGAAGUGCCAGACAACUCUCACCCGUAUAACAACCCGAGCUACACUUCCAAAGGUCGUUCAGUCGCACAAAGCAACACCUGCAAGCAAUUCAUUGGCUCCUUCAAAAGUAACUGCAUCAGUGAAAUUCUCAAAUGAUACGGAAAGGCUACAACACAUUAAUGCUAUUAGAAAGUCUCCUGUUGGUGCACAACUUAAACGGGUUAUUGGCCUCCUCUUUGAGACGAGGCAGACUCUCACACCAGAAGAGAUAAAUGAAGCAUGCUAUGUUGACAUAAAUUCCAACAAGGCCCUUUUUGAUAGUUUAAAGAAUAACACUAAAGUACAUUAUGAUGGGAAGCGCUUCUCAUACAAGUCCAAGUAUGAUCUGAAGGGAAAAGAUCAACUCCUUUCACUGAUAAGGAAGUACCCAGAGGGACUUCAAGUUAUGGAGGUCAAAGAUUCAUAUCCAUCUGUUUUGGAAGACUUGCAGGCUCUGAAGGCAGCUGGUCAGAUCUGGCUACUGUCCAAUAUGGACUCUCAGGAGGACAUUGUCUACCCAAAUGACCCCAAGGUGAUGAUCAAGGUGGAUGAUGAUAUAAAGCAGCAUUUUCGUGAGAUCGAGCUACCAAGAGACAUGGUGGACAUCGAGAAGGAGCUCCAAAAGAAUGGCAUGAAGCCCGCCACCAACACCGCAAAGAGGCGGGUCAUGGCACAAUUUCAUGGAAUCACCUCCAAGCCUAAGCCGAAGAAGAAACGGGAAAUUACCAAGAGGACCAAGCUAACCAAUGCCCAUCUUCCUGAACUCUUCCAGAACUGAACGUUUCAAUUUCUUAGUGCGGAACUGCACCCCCUUCAUUAAUUUCUCAUAGGCAUUAGUAGUACCCAAAUUGCCUCUCAUGUCUGAUAGAAGCUUGUAAUAGCAAUUAAUUACGUUUACUGACUGGAGAUAUAUUCCCUUUGCGGAUAUAUGCUCUAGUACGUUGUAAUUAAUCUCUAUUUUGCUUCCAUCGAUGGUGUUAAUGCCAAGGAGCAACAGGAGCUUUGCCUCCUCUCUCGAUGCAACA